AUGCCGCCCGCGCCCCAGAUGCUGAAGCGCCCCGUCGCCGCCGCGGGCCAGGCCGGCGUCCUCUUCCCGUUCAAGGGACUCUGGUAUUUCUGCACCCAUCCCGACCUGUGGCCGCUGCUGAAGGGCCGCCUGCUGCCGUGCUUCCUGCUGUCUGUGUUCGUCUUCGCCAACCUCUUCAUCUGGACCUACCUGCCGCAGGUUGCCUUCCUGUACCUCUUCCACCACGCCGGUGCCUGGGUCAACGGCACCUUUCUGGUCCUCGGCGAGGGCGCCGCCAUCGUCGCCAUCCUCUUCGAGGCCUUCUUUGUCGACGAGACCCAGGUCGACCUUUUCGACGCGGUGCUGGUCGCCAAGGGCUACGAGGACCUGGUCACCACCCGCCGUCCCGUCUCCCCGGACGGCAACAACCCAAUCCGCCGCCUGGGAAAGCGCGAGCGCCAUGCCGUCUACGCUCCCUUCAACCUCCGGCAGAUAGUCGAGUUCAUCCUGCUGCUGCCGCUCAACUUCAUCCCCAUUGCCGGCGUGCCUCUCUUCAUUUUCCUCACCGGCUACCGCGCCGGGCCCCUGCAGCACUGGAGGUACUUCAACUUCCUUGACUUUGACAGGAAAACAAGGAACCGCUACAUCAAGGAGUGGAGGUGGAAGUACACCUGGUUCGGCACGACUGCGCUUAUGCUGCAGCUGGUUCCCGUGCUGAGCAUGUUCUUCCUGCUGACCACCACCGUCGGCUCUGCGCUUCUGGUCGUGCAUAUGGAAGAGAAGGGCAACCCCGUCGAAGACGCCGAGGGCCCAGACUACGUCGACAACCCGCCGCGCCAAAGCUACGGGACCUUGGUCUAA